AUGCUUGCCUUAACACAUCGGCUUUUAUUGGCUCUUUCCCUUGCCAUGUUGGCACACAUGUCCAGUAUAUCUGCAGCGUGCAUUUCGCUUAAGCAGUCACAAGGAUGCCCAGGAUUCUCCCGCGAGUAUAUCAGCACCAAUGCCACCAGCCGAUUUUCAUGGUAUCCAAAAGACGAUAUUGGCGCAUUCGACAAGGCGCUGAGCGACUAUAUUAACGGCCAGGCCAACCUUGAUGAGUUUCAGUCAGUUUUUCGGUGUCCUGGGCUGGACAAUCUCGGUGGAUUUAACACUGACCACGGCAUGGCGGUUGUGCGGUACCACCGCAGUAUGAUUUGCGCGGACUUGCUUUUUAGCGAGGACAAUGUCAGAGACUGCUACGGCGGAAGCAAAAAGAAACGUAGAGCUGCCGACAGAGAUCCGAUGUUCCAGCUGGCAGAGGUGGUUGCUUCUUCAAAUAUUGGUGUUCGGCCGGAUGCACCUACACCGCUUUGCCAGGGCACUUGUAACUCGUGGGUCGACAGCUUGCAUACGAUUAUCACCAAUAAUACACUGUGUCAGGCUGACAAGGGUAUUAUUCGCGAGUCCUCGCUGGCUUCAUUGCGCACAAAGUGCCAGUCCAGUGCGUAUAAUGGCGCGGAGGGACGAUGCAUUGAUGGCGAUGAUAAUGAGCUUAGAACGUGUGGGUUCCAGCGGGUUGAAGACUGGUGCAAGUACUGCAAUUUUGCCUCCGACUACGUAGACACAUGCGCUUCAGUCGGCGUGACCGUAACCCCCGCCACCACGACUAUGACCGACUCGACCGAGCUCAAGGAUAAGCACGAUUUGGCCACGCCAAACAUUGACCGUGAGUCCAACAGAGGCCUAAUAGCCGAGCUAGCAAAGCAGUCGCGCCAGGAGCGGGUGUUCCGCAUAGUGGCAAUCGUACUCAGCAUAACCGUCGGUAUCUUCCUCCUCAUGCUUAUAGCAGCCAUUGUCAUGGGCCACAGUAUCCGUGGCAGCAGCAGUGGCGGUGCCUCAUCCAAGCGCGGCUUCUUUGGUACCGGGCGUGACGACACCACCCUGGCAUCGCAGACCGGCGAGGGUGCAUCGGAAAAGGCCGCAGCCGAUUUUGUCGACUGCUUUAUCACCACGGUGGGUAAGCCGCGCCAAGUUGUCAGGCACUUUUUUGCCCGCCGUGACGAUGAGAUUUCGCUACAAAAGGGCGACAUUGUUACGCUGCAAAUGGCCUUUGACGAUGGAUGGGUGGUCGGCAAGAAUUUGACCACCGGGUGCGAGGGAACUUUCCCGUUGAUGUGCGUCAUGGACAGUUUGCCUGCGUCCUUGCCUGCGCAAUGGUCGGUGCUGCCGGAAUCAAAGACCACGAGCAUAGAUAAUGUCCGGGCGCCGUCAAGGGCUGCCAUAAGAUCGCCGCAUGCCUCGCUGCUUGGCGGCAUGUCUAUGCGUGGAAGCCUCGAGGCCCCGCCAGCGAUUGGCAGCGUAAAUGUCAGCCGGAUGAGUAAUAUUUCGGACUCGCGGGGGCCAGCGGCAAAUGCAGGCCUUGCACAAUUGUCGCACAAACACCAGGGGACGCGCACAGCAAUGGACGACAACGUAAACCUGUCUAUGGGCGAUUUGGGAAAAAUCCAGAACAAUUCCCGCGGAAAAGCCCUGCUGGAUCGGCUCAUAGGUGCGUUCACUCUAGCUGGCGACAACACCAGCGCAAUCGCUCUCAGCAGCAGCGGCAGUAGCAGCAGCAGCAGCAGCGAAAACGAGGCUUUGGGAUUUUUCAAGCGCCUGGUCGUUGCACCAUUUGGGGGCACGCGAGAAAAAACAGCCACGCCAGUGUCCCAGGCCAAAAAGAACCGGCCACAGUCGUUUAGCGUCAAUCACGUUGUCCACGUCGGCCUGGCCAGCCCAAACUACCCGCGACCCGGUGAUCUAAACAUCUCGGUGCCCACAUUCCCGUCAUCCAAUAAUGGUCCAAGCCUAAAUGGGUAUCCGAUAAUGUCGAAUCGCAGCUCGAUGGGCACUGGCGGCACAUACAUAGCGCCCGGUACAGACACCGGUGUUACUCGCAUGGAUGCCACUGAAAUUCCGGCAGUGCCAUUGGGGUUUCCGCGCCCGCCCAAUUUUAGUUAUGGCGAGUUUGCUCCGAGUAAUUCGUCAAGGUCGAUUAAUUUAGGCAAUAGCAGCAUCGACACGUAUCAGACUGCUGAGCAGUUUGUGUCGAGCGGGCUGGCAGCUGCCACAUCACGCAAUCCCUCGUAA